CGGUUAAAUAAUGACAAAAAGUACCGUUGCUCAUUAUGGUUGACACUCAGAAACCAUUUUAAAAAUUAGUUCGUAGAAAAUUCAUGAAAUGAAACUGUGUAAAAGUGUUUUGUGUCGGAAAAUUUAUUAAAAAAUGUAAAAAAAGUGUAAAAGACAGACAUAACUUAAAUUCAAUAAAAAUAUUAAGUGCUAACAACAAAAACAAUGUUUUCCUACUAUCAUGAGUGUUAUAAAGGCACCGCUGCCUACAAUGACGCCACCGCCAUGCCGGUGAUUUUAGAAAAUGGACGCAAAGUGUUUGGUCCUCCUCACAAAUUCACGGGACCACGGCCUUCGCAUGUGUGUGAAUUGUAUGUGACGCGUAUUCCCUCACAAUUGGAUGAAUUAGGCUUCCUUGUGUGGCUGCAUCGCAUUGGCCCUGUGUACGCUUUUCGCUUAAUGAUGGACACAGGCAAUACCACACGCGGCUAUGCCUUUGUGCGCUUCUGCAGUGAAAAGCAUGCCCUGGCUGCUUUCGAACUAAUGAAAUAUCUCUUUGUCAAUGGUGAACGUUUAAGUGUCUUCCGUUCUCAGGGUAAAAAUCGCCUAUUUGUUAGCGGUAUACCACGACAAUUGCCGUUAUCUUGCCUAGAAGAUGGUUUUAAACUUUGCUUUCCCAAUAUGCAAAGUUGCACAGCAUAUCCGGCAUUGAAAAAUAAUAAAUUUAUGGUGGGACGGGAACAUGAAGAAAAUCGUGGUUUUGCCUUUAUAGAAUUUGAAGAUCAUGAGGUGGCUUUGGCUGCCAAGAAGCGUUUGAAUACUGGACGUAUUGGCAUGUGGGGUGCUGAUCUUAAAAUACAAUGGGCCAAACCUAAAGAAGAAAUGCAAGUAGCUCUUGGUUUGAAGAAAUGUCAUGAAGGCCCUAUGCGUUCCAGACUCUAUCCCCACUUAUAUCAACCUAAUGAUUAUUGUGCUAAAUUACGUCUGUAUUGUUUAGCCAACAAUUUAUGCAUACCAGUGGUUUUAUAUGGACCCAGUUUUCGCCUCUUUCAACUACAAUACGCUGGGAUCCUUAUCAAAAAUAGUUUUACUGGUCAGUAUUCCUAUUUUAUAUUUGAAAUAUUGGUGUCGAAAAUAUGUGACAUUCACUUGUUAAUUUGUGAAAUUGCUGUUAAAAUGAUUGAGGAGUGUAGCGGUGAAUUGCAACAAAAUGCAUUAUUUCGCGUUCUAAAUGAUUCUAAAGCGGAGUUGGUUUAUACCUUUAAACAUUAUGAUGAAUUGAAAUUAAUAAAAAUACAAAAUCAAUUUCAAUAUAAAAAUGUCAUAAUUGAACUUGCCGCUUCAAUGCAAAUAUUGGGACAACAAAAUCAAGAAAAAUUACUUUUACUCUAUAAACGUUCUUUUCUAACACAUCAGCCCGUGGCAACAUUCUGUUUGGAUGUAAAUAAUCCUUUGACUCAAUACUGUGCCGUUUUACCAAAAUUUCGUAAUAAUACAAAAUUAAAUAAUAAUUUCAAUGAUAUGGAAAUAACAUUAUUAUUAAUGAUGCCAUUAUCACAAGCCAAACAACCAAAUGAGUUAUUAAAUGUUAAGAAUUUUGAUAAAAAUAUUGAUGGUUUCAUGCAGCAGAAAAAAGAACAUCAACUGCAGCAGCAUAUACCAGCGCAGAGUGUUAAGAAAAGUUCAUGUUUUACUUUAAAAUCACAACAUGGCAGUUAUGGCAUAAAAUAUACAUUACGUUAUGUCGACAUAAUUGGUGUGGAACUCAGGGAAUGUUACCAUCCGCAACAACGUGUUAAUUCGAAUCCCAUUUGGAUUGCUGGUCAAUCGUAUCAACAAACAAUUUAUAACUGAAAGAGGACCAAUAACGAAGAAGAAAAUGGAAAAAUAAUGAAAGAACAAAAUUUUUACAUUUAAGUUUUCCUCUUUAGAAAUG